GGAUGAGAUGAGAGCCUAUUAAACUAGAAUGCCGACCUGCCUCUGGAUUCUGAUCCUUUCUUCCUCCUAUAACCUACACGACGAGGAGAUAGAUAGAGGGGAUUGGGAAGGAGGGAGGGAGCGAGCGAGAGAGAGAGAGAGAGAGAGAGAGAGAGAGAGAGGGCCGGGAAAGCACGUACCUUGGGCCCCGGCGAUGGCGAGUUGGCCCCUCUCUCAACGCUGCGUCUUCAGGCCUCUCCCUGCUGCCUCCCCUCGCCCCAAAUCCGGUAGCUCACCUGCCUCCGGCCUUUUCCCUCCGAGUCGCGGCCCCCUUCCCUCCGCUGUCCCCGGGUUUUCACGCGGCGCUGCCGGCGGCAUCGAUAUCCGCCGCUCCUUGGGCCGCUGGGAGUGGGCGUUCCGGGUCAGCGCGCCGUCACGCGUGGCGCCGCUGGAGGGCGAGAGGGAGUCGCGCAGGAGAAGCGAGGAGCCUACCGUCGCGAGUGGGGGCGAUGAGAAGGAAGAAGCUUUUGAUCCAGCGAUGCCGCCGCCGUUCGGUCUGGCGGAGAUCCGCGCGGCCAUUCCCAAGCAUUGCUGGGUGAAGGAUCCGUGGCGCUCGAUGAGUUACGUGGUGCGCGAUGUGGUGGCGGUGCUAGGGUUUGCGGCGGCGGCCGCGUACAUCAAUAGCUGGAUCGCGUGGCCACUCUACUGGGUAGCCCAAGGGACGAUGUUCUGGGCUCUCUUCGUUCUCGGCCACGAUUGUGGGCACGGGAGUUUCUCCAACGACCCAAAGCUUAACAGCGUGGUUGGCCAUUUGCUGCACUCCUCCAUUCUCGUUCCCUACCAUGGAUGGAGAAUUAGCCACAGGACUCAUCACCAGAAUCAUGGGCAUGUCGAGAAUGACGAGUCUUGGCACCCAUUGCCUGAGAAUUUAUAUAGGAGUUUGGAUUCUUUAACCAAGAAGCUUCGCUUCACACUGCCGUUCCCCUUGCUUGCUUACCCUUUAUACCUGUGGGGGAGGAGCCCUGGGAAGUCUGGUUCACAUUUCCACCCGAGUAGUGAUUUAUUUGUUCCUAACGAGAGGAAGGACGUCACAACAUCGACUAUCUGCUGGACAGCAAUGGCGGUGAUCCUUGCAGGGUUAACCUUUUUGACGGGUCCUAUUCAGAUGCUUAAGCUUUACGCUGUUCCAUAUGGGAUUUUUGUCAUGUGGCUGGAUCUUGUGACAUACUUGCACCAUCAUGGACACGAGGAGAAGCUGCCUUGGUACCGUGGAAAGGAGUGGAGUUAUCUUAGAGGAGGAUUGACUACACUCGAUCGAGAUUAUGGGUGGAUUAACAAUAUCCACCACGAUAUUGGGACGCAUGUGAUACAUCAUCUCUUCCCACAGAUACCGCACUACCAUUUAAUAGAAGCUACUGAGGCAGCAAAGCCCGUGCUUGGAAAAUACUACAGGGAACCAGCAAAAUCUGUUCCUUUGCCAUUUCACCUAUUUGGGGUGCUACUAAGGAGCAUGAAACAAGAUCAUUAUGUUAGUGAUACUGGAGACAUUGUUUACUAUGAGACUGAUCGCCGACUAAGUGUGGCUUCUGAAGCCGAGUGACUUUAGGAAAUCAAAUCAAAUCAAAUCUUGGAUGCCUGUGCCGCCGCAUUCUUUUCUCUUUCAUUAUCAGAGAGAGAUGUCUCUGUCUCAUUUGACGUAUUUUCUACGUAAUUACCCUGGAAGUGUAUCGAUUCAUGUUGCCUAUUGGCCUCGUCAACAUUUUAGAAGCUAUUAGUCAUUGAGGUAAGACGUCGAAGGAGAAAGAAAUGUCAUUUGCCUAUUAAUUCUAGCUCCCUUUGCUCCUUAUUGUCA